AGUCUGCCAGUCUUCUGUGACCCACCGCUACCUCCACUGUCGGGUGACCCGCCUCUCUCCUUCAUACACACACACAAGGGGAACAAACACUUCGGAUUACGGAACACUGAGCCAUGUCGACACAGGAGAGCUCUGAAGCCAGGAAUCGCUCUGUGACACAAGUAAAGAAGAAUGAAACAUCAAGGUCUUCAGGCGAACCCAGCCAGGACCUGAUCUACUCCAUCGAGGACGUCCCUCCCUGGUACCUGAGUCUUAUAUACGGCUUCCAGCACUACCUGACCAUGGUAGGAGGCACCAUCUCCAAUCCCAUUGUCCUGGCCUCCUUCCUCUGCAUAGCGGACGACAACCCUGCUCGUGGGGCCCUUGUCUCCACCAUCAUCUUCAUGUCUGGCAUCGCCACCCUCCUCCAGUCAACCUUGGGGGUCAGGCUUCCCAUAAUCCAAGGUGGUAACUUCGCCUACCUGUUACCCACCGUCGUGAUCAUCAACACAACCUUCGAGCCCUGCAGUUCGGUCCCGAUGAAUAAUCUGACUUUUGCAGAACAAGAAGAGGUAUGGCAAGUGCGUAUGAGGGAGGUCCAGGGCGCCAUCACCCUCUCGGCCUUAUUCCAAGUCAUCAUAGGCUUCACGGGUAUGAUAGGUCUGCUGCUGAAGUGGAUCACUCCCCUAACUGUGGUGCCGACAAUCACGUUGGUGGGAAUGUCGCUGUUCGACUUGGCGUCCAAUGAAGGCUCCGGGCAUUGGGGGAUAUGUCUUAUGACCGUGGCGCUGACCGUGGUGUUCUCACAGCACAUGAAGGACCUGCCACUACCCUUCCCUGCCUACAAGAAAGGUCAUGGAGUCUACUUCGUCCCCUGUUACCCCUUCAAGACACUCUCGUUGCUGAUAGCCAUUACAAUCUCGUGGGGACUGUGUGCUGUGUUGACUUCCUACGAUAUGUUGCCAAAGGGGUCAGCUGCCCGCACAGACAACAGUGACCUGCUCUCCUCCACCCCUUGGUUCCGUGUCCCAUACCCUGGUCAGUGGGGUCUGCCCAGCGUCAGCGUGGCCGGCACUGUGGGGAUGCUGGCAGCAGUCAUUUCCUCCAUCAUCGAGAGUGUUGGUGACUACUACGCCUGUGCCAGAGUGGCAGAAGCGCCGAUACCACCCACACAUGCCAUCAACCGAGGGAUUGGCGUGGAAGGCUUGGGUUGCAUGCUGGCGGGACUCUGUGGCUCCGGGAGUGGCACCACCUCUUACUCCGGCAAUAUUGGCAUCCUCUCCAUUACUAAGGUGGCCAGUCGUCGCAUGAUCCAGUACAGCGCGUUGAUAAUGUUGGUGUGUGGUGUGGUGGCCAAGAUAGGAGCCAUCUUUGUGACCAUCCCUGGACCCGUCAUCGCCGGUGUCUUCUACAUCAAGUUCUCCAUAAUCACUGCCGUAGGCAUCUCCACCCUCCAUUACGUCGACCUUACUUCCUCCAGAAACCUCUUCGUCCUCGGUUUCUCCAUCUUCUUUGGUCUCUCAGUACCCAAGUGGCUGGAGGCAAACCCGUCAUACAUACAGACGGGGGCGCCGCUACUUGACCAGACGCUCCUCGUCCUCCUCCAGACUCCCAUGUUCCUGGGCGGCUUCUUGGGCCUGGUUCUCGACAACACCAUCUCAGGUACUGACGAAGAGAGGGGCUUGUUGAAGUGGAAGGGCGUGGCCAUGAAGACGGAGGAGGAGAAGCAGGAGGCAGCCAGAGUCACCUCCUCCUGCUACGACCUGCCUUUCGGGACCAAUAUCAUUAAGAGAAUGAAGUGGACGCGAUUCAUUCCCUUUUGCCCAUCUUUUGAAGGUUAUUCAUGCCGCAAGUCUGCCAUUAAAGACAGGGUGAUGAAUGGAAUGUGUUUGUGUCAGUGUCUCACCAAACAUCACGCUGACGGCUGUAGUUAAUAACUUAUAUUCUUCUGCCAAUGACAAAACACGUCUGUAACACCCUAAAAAGUUAAGCUCUCAUUUCAUUCCUGUCAUUCGUUUUCUAACCGACGUAACAUAACAGAUGUGUUUUCCAAUGCGAUUAAUUUCCUUCCACAGCAAGUGCCAUUUUCUGUUGCUAAUACAAUUUAAACAUCACACUGACCUAUUACCUAUAAGAAGAAUGAUAACAAUACGUAUACGUAUAAAAAUGUAUCAUAAAUGUACUAUAUUGGUCAACCGUAAAUAUAACCUAAACUACUCUAUAAUAUAGAGUAUGUUGUACGGUGUAUUAAUUAAGAUUAAGGCGAAUUUUAAUAUCUUUAAUUGGAAUUACAAUUAAAUCGCA